AUGUCUCUUAAUAAACAAUUAUAUGUCUUCAGUGACUUUGAUGGUACCAUCACUCAGCAAGAUUCCAAUGAUUAUUUGACCGAUAACUAUGGUAUGGGUCAAGCUAUGCGUGUUCAAUUGAACCAAGAAAUUAUCCAAGGAAAACUCAGUUUUCGUGAUGGAUUUGCUCAAAUGCUCAACAGUGUACCCUUGAAGUACGAAGAAACUCUUGAGACUUUGAAAAAGAACGUUGCUAUUGAUCCCGACUUUCCCUCUUUUUAUGAAUGGUGCCAAAAAGAAGGCGUACGUUUGGUCAUUCUCUCUAGUGGAAUGAUGCCCUUUAUUCGCAGUCUUUUAGAACAAUACUUGGGCAAAGAAGAGGCUACCAAAAUCGAAAUCGUCUCCAAUGAUAUAAAUGUUAAUGAAGAUGGUACUUGGAAUAUAGUAUAUCACGACGAUACUCAUUUUGGACACGACAAGAGUCUCACCAUUCGUCCCUAUGCUCAACUUCCUGAAGAAAAGCGACCUCACAUGGUCUACUGUGGAGAUGGUGUAUCCGAUUUAAGUGCCGCCAAAGAAACCGAACACUUAUAUGCAAAGAAAGGACGUGAUUUGAUCACCUAUUGCAAAAGAGAAAACGUUUCCUAUACCGAAUUUGAAACGUUCUCUGAGAUUCAUAAGGCCUUGAUUGAGUUUAAGUCUAAAAUCACUGUAUAA